UUUCUUGCAAACAUCUCACUAUUUCUGUUAGCGAGGCGUUAAUAUGAAUGUGUCCGUGCGUUACUGUAGGAUGGUCCGUCGCAGCGGCGCCGGCUAUACUUCCAGCAUAUACUAGCUGUGCCUCUUGAGUGAUUUAGCUAUUGAUAAUGUUGCUGAAGCUAAAAUGGACAGACUGCUGUUCACAAAAGAGCUCGCGUUAGAUAGACUACGUGUCUGAAAUUAUCCGCCCGGUUUGUUCUAAACAAUCAUAUACCAAGCAUGUAUACGUUUGAACUGUUGCCAGUUAGCUAAAGCUAGCUAGGUAGCUGUGUGUAUAUGCAGGUAUUUGGUACAAAGUUGGCUUAGGUGAAUUAAUUAUUGGUACUGUAUUUACGUCUAGCAGUAUUGUACUUGCUAAUAUUGCACCAAUACCACUGACUAAAAGUUUAUCGACAACGUUGCUCUUUUCCAUACAUAAGCUCCCUGCGUGUGUCCUCCUAGCGCAGUUUUGUUUUUCUUGUUUUAAAACCCUUUGACCUGGGAUUUUACAGUAUUUAUACUCAGGAUUACCAUCACGUCCCUUGUCCGAGUUAGUUAUCUCAGUACAAGACUGCCACCCAGAAUGUUUCAAAUUGCGCAGGUGCCACACCCGAUGAUCCAGGCUAUGAACUCUUAGCGCUGUUUGUGGAGCGGGUAGGAACGUGAUGGAGUCAUCAGAGCAAUCCCCUGCAGGUCCAGGAUCUCAGGAUGUGAACCCUGUGUUCCUUCAGCAGCUGAGAGAACUGGACAUCCCAGAGGAGGCAGCCAAGCAGGCACUCUUACACACAAGGAAUGUAUCUGCCGAGGAGGCGGCGAUGUAUUACUUCAACAAACUGGAGAAUGAGGAAGAAGGAGAUGAGGAUCUGCUGUUCAAGAUGGUUUUUAUUGUGAACAUGGAGCUGUCCAUGGGGAUGGGCAAGGUGGCUGCUCAGGUGGGCCACGCGGCUGUGGGGCUGUACCAGGCCAUGCAGGAGAAGAACACUUGGAGGGAGAUGGCCUGGAAAUGGGACCAUGCUGGCGCUAAGAAGGUUGUGUUACAGGGCACCAAUAUGGCACACUUGUUGGAGCUACAGGCUCUUGCUAUGAGUCUGAGCCUCCCUACAAAACUGGUAAAUGAUGCCGGACUCACACAGGUGGAGCCAGGGUCUACCACUGUCCUUGCCAUCAUGGGAGAGGAGGACAUGGUCAACAAUGUCACAGGCAGUUUGAAACUGCUCUGAGCAGAGAAAAAUACGGCUGUGGAAAAACACGAGCGCGACAUAUUUAAAGUGUCCACACGGAGGCAGCAUAGCCACACAGCAGGAAGGCGCUCAGACUGUCAAAAAUAUUUUAAAUAAUUAAAAACCGCAAAUCCCAUAACUCACAUGCUCCUACUGACUUGCACUGAUACACACACGCACACACACACCGAUUAACAAUACCAUUGUUAAGAUAGGAAGAGGGCUGCAUGUAUAGAUGGUUGCAUUGAAUGUUUGUUCACGUUCAUUAUAUUAUGAAAGGUUAUUUAAAGAGGAGAUCUGUAACGACCAAUAAUGGGUCAGUAAUCAAAUAGGUAGGCAUACCACUCAUUCCUUCCUAUAUAAACAUAUAGCAUUUACUAAAGUUAGAACCUAGUGUUUUGGUGAUUGUGGAUCCAAAGUAGUCAUUGUAAAUUAGUCAAAUGAACUGUAACACUACGUCUAAAAGCAUUCCUUCUAGAUGUAAGAACUUCUUUUGCAUAUCUCCUUGGAAAGGUUUACUGCUCAUCAGUGAAGGGGCUUCCUUUGCUAUGAAGUGUGAUGUAUAAAUUCAUGUAUGUAUAUAACUUUUAAGUACCUUAAAUGUAACCUGUCAUGUUAUUAGAGAUAACGAAGGCAUCUUGACAUGGGGUGGGACAUCAAAAUCUCAAAGCCAUAAAUUUGUGAAACGCCACUGUUAACAGUU